AAAAAAUGGAUGAUGCCUCUGCUUCGGCGGGGUACUCCCACCGCCACAUGGAGAGGAAGAUGAGUGCGAUGGCUUGUACAGUCUUCAACGAACUUCGACUGGAAGGGAAGCUCUGUGACGUGAUCAUCAAGGUCAACGGGUGCGAGUUCAAUGCCCACAAGAACAUCCUCUGUAGCUGCAGCUCCUAUUUUAGAGCUCUGUUUACCAGUAGCUGGAACAACUCAGAGAAGAGAGUAUAUAAUAUUCCUGGCAUAACCCCAGAUAUGAUGAAACUCAUUAUCGAAUACGCCUACACAAGGACAGUGCCCAUCACCGUGGACAAUGUGGAGAGGCUUCUUGUGGCUGCUGACCAGUUUAAUGUGAUGGGCAUCGUCAGGGCUUGUUCUGACUUCAUGAAAUGCCAGCUGUGCCUGGAGAAUUGUAUUGGCAUCUGCAAAUUCACAGAGUACUACUUCUGUCCGGAGCUGCGGCAGGCGGCCUAUAUGUUCAUCUUGCACAACUUUGAGGAGAUGGUGAAAGCGUCUACUGAAUUCCUGGAGCUCUCGGUCAAUGAGUUUAAAGACAUCAUUGAAAAGGACGAACUCAAUGUGAAACAGGAAGACGCCGUCUUCGAGGCCAUCCUCAAGUGGAUUGCCCACGACCCCACAAACCGAAAGCAGCACAUGGCAGUGCUGCUCCCUAAGGUACGCCUGGCCUUGAUGCAUGCUGAAUAUUUUAUGAACAAUGUCAAAAUGCAUGACUAUGUGAAGGAUAGCGAGGAGUGCAAGCCCAUUGUUAUCGACGCCCUGAAAGCCAUGUACGAUCUCAACAUGAACGGACCAUCCAGCUCCGACUUCACCAACCCGCUGACGAGACCCCGUCUGCCGUACGCCAUUUUGUUUGCCAUUGGCGGCUGGAGCGGUGGGAGCCCAACCAAUGCCAUCGAAACGUAUGACGCCCGUGCAGACCGCUGGGUGAACGUCACGUGCCAGCAGGAGAGCCCCCGGGCGUACCAUGGUGCCGCCUACUUAAAGGGCUACGUCUACAUCAUUGGGGGUUUUGACAGUGUGGACUACUUCAACAGCGUCAAGCGAUUUGAGCCCGUCAAGAAGACGUGGCACCAGGUUGCACCCAUGCACUCGCGGCGCUGUUACGUUAGUGUCACCGUCCUUGAUAACUUCAUCUAUGCCAUGGGUGGCUUUGACGGCUAUGUGCGUCUCAACACAGCUGAGAGGUAUGAGCCCGAGACCAACCAGUGGACCUUGAUAGCCCCCAUGCAUGAGCAGAGGAGUGAUGCAAGUGCUACAACCCUGUAUGGAAAGGUCUAUAUAUGUGGUGGGUUCAACGGAAAUGAGUGCCUGUUCACAGCAGAAGUGUACGAUGCCAAGAUUGAUCAGUGGAGCUUGAUCGCACCCAUGAGAAGCAGGCGAAGCGGCAUUGGCGUGAUAGCGUACGGAGAACACGUCUACGCAGUGGGCGGAUUUGACGGAGCCAACCGCCUUCGGAGCGCGGAAGCUUACAACCCCAUCGCCAACACCUGGAGGACCAUCCCAACCAUGUUCAACCCUCGGAGCAACUUUGGCAUCGAAGUGGUGGACGACCUGCUCUUUGUGGUGGGUGGCUUCAACGGCUUCACGACAACGUUCAACGUCGAGUGCUAUGAUGAGAAGACGGACGAGUGGUACGACGCCCACGACAUGAGUAUCUACCGCAGUGCCCUGAGCUGUUGCGUGGUGCCAGGGCUGCCCAACGUUGGGGAGUAUGCUGCCAGGCGGGACAACUACGUGGGGUCAGCUCAGAGAGAUGAGGUCAAGUACUCCUCAUCCACAAGUACACUACCUGUGUGAAAAGCUCUCCUUGACUAAUAAAGCCCUCUAGCAAGAACUAUAUGCACAGGUGGAUUCACCUUUUUUCUCCCCCUCCACCUUAAGCUGUGAGACUGGUCCUUAUAGGUGAGCUGGUGGCAUAUGUCCCUCCCCUGCCCAGGAACUUAACCAGUCCCAUUCUUUUAUCCUUUAGGAAGUUAUAGAGCUGACCUAUAGGAUAUGAACAAAGAUGUUGAGAACAGUGAUGGGAUUCAGAGAAGAGCCACGAAGGGGAUAGAGGGAUUUGCCAUUUGUGCUGCUAUUGCUCUGAUGCACAAAAAAGAGUAGUAGGGGAGGAGUCGCAAGGCACUUGGAAAUGUUAAAAAGCAUGCCAAGGAAAACUACUACUAGGAAAACGUUGAUUGUGGGUUAGUCUUGCUUUAUAUGUAUCCAGUGAUAUAGCUCCUACCCUCCACUCUGCUAGAUGAAGAGCCGUUUGUAAGUAGAAAGCUUGCAUAUUCCUGCCGCAAUAGAAGCUGAUCCAAUAAAACCCAUUCAGCCAGA